CGUGUCGAUACGGGCUUUGCUUGUAAUUGUUGGAGGUUAAGAUUCAUAGCGAAUGUUGUUGUACGAAAUUCUUUUCUUGGCAGAAUUGAGAUGUGAUGAUGCCGCCGACUCGACAACAUUAUGUACGCGGACGAGCUCCAAGCACAUACUCUGUGGUAUCUGGCGGCGUAUAUAACAGAGGCUCGAUCUUUGCUGCGCUGCUCAUGCUUUUCAUGUUGUGCUAUCCGCUCUCCUGUCCUACUAUCCAUAAUUCAACCCACAACUGUCAAUUCUUUCCUCACCAUGCCAUCGCCAGAGAAACACGCUAAAGUUCUUAUUGCAGGUGGGAGCGUUGCAGGCUUAGCCCUGGCAAACAUGCUUGAGAAGAUUGGCGUCGAAUACCUGGUUCUCGAGAAGUACAACAAUAUUGCUCCUAAUUUAGGAGCCAGCAUCGGUAUCUUCCCAAAUGGUUUUCGCAUCCUGGACCAACUUGGAUGCUUUGACGCGAUUAGUAAAUUGGUAGAAGGGGCAGAUGGGUUUGAGCUCUUGGAGAUGAGGAAUGAGCUUGGCAAAACGAUACAACGUCUCGAGAAAGCAUCGCAGAAGAUUCAGCAUCGCAUAGCUUACGCGCCCGUCUUUAUCGAUCGGCAGAUGCUCAUCAAGAUCCUAUACGACAACCUCAAGGAUAAAUCACCAGCUCUUACCGGAAAGGGCGUUCAACACGUCGAACAAUUUCCUGGUGGCGUCCGAGUACGAACGACAGAUGGGAGCGUCUUUACCGGUGAACUCCUUGUCGGCGCCGAUGGCAUCCACAGCACCGUCAGAAAGGAGAUGUGGAGGGAAGCGGAUCAAGCCCGUCCAGAUCACUUCCCCCUGUCUGAUCGAACGAAUACAGCGACCAAAUACUGUUGCAUAUUCGGUAUCUCGAGAGCUAACAGCAAGGUUCCCAAAUUCUCUUCAUGUAAUGUGAUGGGUCGUGGUUACUCAUACCUCAUUGCUAGCGGACCGAAUCAUCGCAUCUAUUGGUUUCUUUUCAAGAAACUACCGGGCGUGUUGUACGGCAUCGAAAAGAUUCCGCGCUAUACAGAGGCCGAGAGGGAUGCAUUAGCCGCAGAACACGCAGAUGAUAUGUUGAACGAAGAAUUACGAUUCGGUGAGCUCUAUGCGGAUCGGACAACAGCAACACUUCAGGCUCUGCCGGAAGUCGUUUUCUCCAAGUGGCAUUACGGUCGCGUCAUAACGAUCGGAGAUGCUGCACACAAGUUCAAUCCUAUUGGAGGCCAAGGUGGAAACAGCGCAAUCGAAGACGCUGCAGUACUAACAAAUCAGCUCUCCAAGCUAGCUCCAACUGAUGGAGAAGACCGACCUUGGAGUGAUGACGAUAUCAGCGAAGCCCUCGAACAUACAUUUUCCCUCCGUUACGAUCGAGUCGCCUCUCUGCUAAAAACGUCGCAUGAUCUGCAGACCUUGCAAUCAUUAGACAGCUUCUUCACGAGGAUACUCGCUAAAUUUGUCAUACCUCGUUCCAGCCCGGAUUCCGUUUUGGACAUGUUCAGCAUGACCGCUCGACCGGCCGCGCGGCUCGAGAUGGUCGAUGUCCCAGAUCGACCACAUACUGAAUUGUAUGAUGACGAAAAGCCCACGACAUCUGUAUCACCAAAAAGAAUGUCUCCGAUCUUGACCUACGGUGCAUUCACACUCCUCUCUACCAUUGUUCUAGUCCAGCUACAGGCCCACAAACUGGGCCAAAUUUGGAAGUUGUACUAGACUUACAGCCCAAAGUUUUCUGCUUUGUUACAGCCUUUGUACACUAUCAAUAGAUUUUUGAUUUAGAAUGCGAUACCUAAGUUAGCUCGA